AGACCAUACAAGCGACAGGCGACUUGCCUAAGUACGAAGUAGCUGUUUGCUAGGGACUAUUAUAUUAUCAUAUACAUCAAAAGUCCGCGACAAAGCGGCACUCUCGCCCGCAAUGCCCUACUACGCCACGAGCCAGGAAUGGCUGCACCAGUCGUCGCUGCUGCUGGAAGCGCAACCUAAUACCACGCGCAUAACAACCAAAUACCACAUCUCCAAGCCCAAACCUCGCCGGUCCAAGAAAUCCUCCUCUUCCACCUCUGCCCCCUCCACCGAAACUUCCACCACCGCUCCCGCCGCCCCCCGCGGCUCCCUCACGCUCAAAACCUACGACCCUCGCUCCGGCGUCUGCCUCAAGUACCGCACGACCAAAGCGGCCGAGGUCUCGCGGCUGAUCCAGAGCCUCGGCCGGCCGCUGGGCGCGCGCAUGGCCGCGCUGCCGCUCCCCGAGGCCGCCGACGAGGUCAUGGCCGACGCGCCGCUGGCGCAGGGCUCUACGCCCGCCGACGAGAAGGCGGAGGAUGUGGUGCCCGCUGCUGCUGUUGCUGGAACGGCGGGUGCGGGUGCGAAGGGACAGGGACAGGGACAAGGACAGGCGCAAGGACAAGGACAAGGGCAAGGGCAAGGAGGUGCAAAUACGGGAGGAGGAGGUGGUGGUGGGAAGGGGAAGAAGAAGCGUGGGAAGAAAUAGGGGAUGGAUAAAAGAAUGGGUGGAUGGAUCAAUGGAAAGGAAGAGAAGAAGCGAAGAAGGGGAAAAGAUAAAAUCCUAGGCUCUUUGAGGAACGACUACUUCCAUGCAUUGACGAGGUCAUAGCAUUGCUAUAAAGUCCAGGAUCACUUCAGAGUUAGAAUGAGAUCGCAAAGUACC